AUGCAUCCCGCAACCACAACCCCACCCGUGGCCAUCGAAAUCACAUCAACAACAACAACCACCUCCUACCCAAACCAGCCAAACACAGCGGCCACCCCCAGCUCCGGUACCACCACUCCGAGCACUCCCCGAGACGUCAGCGAAGCCUCCUCCAUGGAACCCCUGCUCCAUACAACACCAGAAACCACAACAGCAUCGCCACGUCAUUCACAGGCAGCCAUCACUUGCCUCAGGCACAGCCCGCAUGCACCAAACGGAACCACCACGAGCCCUGAAGCACACAGGACCGUUCUCUUCACAGCCGCCAUCUUUUUCCCGCCUCUGGCCGUGUACUUCCGCCGGGGCAUCGGCAAGGCCUUCCGGAGAAACGUUGCGUUUACUCUUCUCGGCUGGAUCCCCGGUGUGCUGCACGCGCUGUACCACGUCUUCUCAAAGAAGUAG